AUGACCCAACGGUCCUCUGUCACCAUCAAGUCAGGGGGCACCCGAAACUUCAGUGCUUCCUCAGCCAGCCUCCUCCCUGGCUGCCGGACCAGCUUCAGCUCUGUCUCCGUGUCUCAAGGCGGGAAGAGCUUCGGGGGUGGCCUUGGAGGUGGUUUUGGGACCAGGAGCCUCCACAGUCUUGCAGGUGGCAAGAGAAUCUCCAUUGGUGGGGGUUACCGUUCCAGCCGGGCCAGCUGUGGUAUUGGCUAUGGGAUGGGUCUUGGAAGCGUUGGGUACAGAAUGGGGGGAGCCUGCAGUGGAUAUGGAUUUGGAGGUGGGAUGUCAUCUGGAGCUGGGGGCAUCCAUGAGGUUACAGUCAACCAGAGUCUCCUGACCCCCCUCCACCUGGAGUUUGAUCCCUCUCUUCAGAGAGUACGGAAGGAAGAGAAAGAGCAGAUUAAGACUCUCAACAAUAAAUUCGCCUCCUUCAUCGACAAGGUACGGUUCCUUGAGCAGCAGAACAAAGUCCUGGAAACCAAAUGGAGCCUCCUGCAAGAUCAGAAAACCACCAAGAUCAAUAUAGAGCCCAUGUUUGAAGCCUACAUCAACAAUCUGAGACGUCAGCUGGAAGGCCUGGGUGGGGAACGGGGAAGGCUGGAGACAGAGCUAAAGAGCAUGCAGGACGUGGUGGAGGACUUCAAGAACAAAUACGAAGAAGAAAUCAACAGACGCACAGCAGCGGAGAAUGAGUUUGUGGUGCUCAAGAAGGAUGUGGAUGCUGCCUACAUGAACAAGGUGGAGCUGGAGGCCAAGGUGGAUGCCCUGACUGAUGAGAUCAACUUCCUGCGGGCCUUCUAUGAAGCGGAGCUGGCUCAGCUUCAGGCUCAGAUCUCUGAGACCUCUGUGGUUCUGUCUAUGGACAACAACCGCUGCCUGGACCUGGACAGUAUCAUCUCUGAGGUCAAAGCUCAGUAUGAGGACAUUGCCAACCGCAGCCGGGCUGAGGCUGAGUCGUGGUACCAGACCAAGUAUGAGGAGCUGCAGCGCUCAGCCGGCCAGCAUGGUGAUGACCUGCGCACCACCAAGAUGGAGAUCUCGGAGCUGAACCGUGUGAUCCAGAGGCUGCGCGCUGAGAUUGAGAACCUCAAGAAGCAGUGUGCUGCACUCCAGGCGGCCAUUGCUGAUGCUGAACAACGUGGAGAACUGGCCCUCAAGGAUGCCAAGCACAAGCUGGCCGAGCUGGAGGACGCACUGCAAAAGGCCAAGCAGGACAUGGCGCGGAUGGUACGCGAGUACCAGGAGCUCAUGAACGUCAAGCUGGCCCUGGACAUCGAGAUCGCCACCUACCGCAAGCUGUUGGAAGGGGAAGAGUGCAGACUCACCGGAGAAGGUGUUGGACCUGUGAAUAUCUCGGUGGUCUCCUCCUCCGGGGGCACAAGCUACAGUGGGGGCGGAGGUCUCUGUGGGAUCAGCAGUGGAUACAGCAGUGGCCCCUGCUACAGCGGUGGGAACAGUGGGUUCAGCUCCACCAGCAGCCGCAGCAUUGGUGGCAGCAGCUCCAGCAUGCGCAUCAUCUCCAAGACCUCAUCCACCAAGAAGAGUUACAGGAGUUAA